UGCAUUGUACUGGACAUUUGGACGUCUAGUGUCGGCGUUGGAGUAUUGUCUGGCUAGCUGGGUUUCGACAUCUCUUUCAGAUGAAGGUUGUCUGCAUCCAAUGUCAGGUUUAUAUUUGCUUCCUCUGCAACCUCCUGCCAGAACCUUUGUGUACGGGUUUCAAUCAGUGUAUCCUCUCUCUGAUCUCAGGUAAGAAGCAGCAACAAGCGCAAACAGCUUUCUCUUUGUCCAUCCAACGGGACCCCUUUUCGCUACUCGUAUAUCUUCACCCUUUCUCAACUUGUUUCUCUCAAUUCUCAUCAUUUCCGCAUACCACCCGAUAUCACACUCAACUCAAACCAGAUCACACCUCGCAAAACUCUCAAUCACCAGCUGGACCUGCUCAUCCCACGUCUCAAUUCCACUCACGCUCUCUUUCCCCAAAGCUCAGAAGCAUGCCCUCAAAAAUCCAACUCGACGAAAACCUCUGGUUUCUAUACAUCUGCCUCCAGAAAAGCGAUAUGAAAUCCAUCGACUUCGCAGCUGUAGGCCACGCAACCUCCCUCAAGCCUCCGGCCGCCAGGAUGCGCUACACGCGCCUCCGUCGACAGAUAGAAAGCGGAACACUGAUCGGAACGCACGGUACACCCUUCUUGUCCCACCACUCUUCCUCUACUUCUCCCAACUUCGGCCAUUCUGAGAAGCUAAAGAGGAAGAGAACUUCCAGAGGUGGAGGGGAGGGUGAGGGUGAGGAUGAGGAAGAGUGCGGUUUUAAGGGAGAUAGUGUUGGGAACGUUGGAAAGGGGGUCAAGGCAGAGAAGGACGAAUUGGAAGUGAAGAAAUGGAAGAUCAAGAAGGAAGACGAAGAUGACAGCGCAGGAUGGGAGAGCGGAAGUGGCAGUGAUACAGAAUGGGGCUGGGAUUCCGAGGACGAAGUUCCACUUGCCAAGUUGCGAAAGGCGAAGCCGGGUUGUUCUUCUGUUUCCCAACAGACUGCUCUUGUCCCCACACAACGAGUGGUUGGGGGAGGACGAGAGACGAGAGAAGAGGGAACGAAUGGUGCCAAUAAUGGGUAUGGAGGAAGGAGUGUUGGUGGACAACGGCGUGUGAAUGGGGCUGCGGUUCCGAGAUACAUGCCACCGAGUGAUGGCAGAGCAUGGGAGGGCAUGAUUCCAGUUGGAAAUGUGGUGAUUCAAAAUGGAUAUCCUGCUUAUUGGGGAAAUGAGUAUAGUAUUGUUGAGGCGUGGGAGCAGGGCGGGAAGCCGAGGAAAUCUGUGUAAAUGCAAAGUUCUCGCCAGACUUUGUUGAGAUUGAGGUUCGGGUUCGAGAGAAUGGGUAGGACGGAAGAGAACGUUUGGCAAAUAAUGGAUUUCAUAGUAGUAUCUCUCACACGCUUAUUGUAUGUACCGUAGCCGCUAAUAACUACACAAGAAAGAGA